UCCAAUCAUACAUAAACAUUGAAUGUGUGGACAUUUAUAACGAAUAUUGUUUUAGUAAGUGAUGGCUGAUUCGUGUAAUGUGAUACAUUUUCUUUCCACUUCGUUAAAAUGUUUUAAAUCUCAAAGAAAACAACUGAAUUCCUGCCUCUGACACAAAAAGCUGGGAGUAGUAUUUAUAAAAGAUAACUGACUGCCUGGCCUGGUUUGAUACACACUGCAGUGAUUAAUGCCUGUAUCUUAAUAUUCGAUGAGCUAACAUGGAAAUGUAAUUUGCUAGAAUGCAAUAUCUUGUCGGAUUACAAAAAUUCUUAUGCAAACAUGCUGCCACUGACUGUCAGUACUGAAAGGAAGGAAACUGAAGACUUUCUGGACUCUGCAGAAUUUAUACAAAUCCAAUUAACAAUGGUGACAAAUCAUGUUAUAGAAAUUGUGACAUAUCUUUUGUGACGGAGGAGGCCAAGAAAAGGACCGCCAAAGUGAAAACGGAGAACAUGUGUCAUUUUGUUAGAAAAAUUACAUUUUUUUUAAAGUGUGUCUGAAUAGUUUCAAAUCACAGAAAAAACGAUAUCCACAGAAAUGAUGAUUUCACUUCAUCUAUAAAUGAACUUUUGACAUGUUGAAGGUCGACUUCAUCUAUAAAUGAACUUUUGACAUGUUGAAGGUUCUCCUAACAGACUAAGGAUAUAUCUGAGGUGUCCACACCCAUCUCAGACAAAGGUGGUCAGCCGAUUCCUUAAUGGCCAAACAUAUCAACCACUAAUACAGAGUCUACUUGGGUUUCAUCCACACUAACAACAGUCCAAAGAAAGCCUUGUUCACCAUGAAUUCUAUACAUCGGUCUGUCUUGAAGCAACACUUCCGCCAGCUGGCCAGCGAUAUUAUCCUGACAGACACCCUUUUGGGGGCCAUGUACCAGACCCAGAUAUUUGAGAGGAAUAUGAUUGAUCUCAUCAAGGCGGAGAAGACUGAAGGAGACAAAGUAUGUAAGCUGCUGGAGCUCCUACCCAAACGUGGGCCUGAUGCCUUUGACCUGUUUUUGGAGGUGAUUCAAAAUGAUUACCCCUGGCUGGUAGCCAUGUUGACUGCUAGCAUUAAACACGAAACUUUAACAAGGGCCCCCACUAAACCUGACUUCAAACAUGAAAAUGACUCGGCCCGUGCCUCCACAGAUCUGUGUGCCAUUGAUACCGAUAUGGAUAUCAAGACUAAGGUCUCAACAUUUAUCCACAAACAGUUUGGACAAAGCAAGCGUAUUUCAGAAAGUGACAAAAAGACAAUGAUACGCUGGAUGUCCCAGACAGUACAUUAUGAAAGACAUCGCCGGCUGACUUCGGCAUCAAGCUCUGCUGGAAAACUCAUGGAAUCAGUCUCCAUGACAACAGAGGAUAAAUGUUGUGGAACUGACGAUGAUCAUAGUGCGGAAAAUGCUGUAGGCAACAAUGAAAAAAUCCUACUGCUAUAUCAGAAGUUACAGGCAUUUAAAAAAACUCAUAACAUGUCAUGUGAGAAGCAGACUGAAAUGACAGCUAAUCAGAAACAGAUAAACGGAUGUCUGGAUACCAUGGCAACAGACGUACAAUAUGUAAUGGAUAAACUGGACGAGAUAGAAGGUGAGGUCAACAAGUGCUAUCUCAUGUUAGGUGACCGUGCAAAAAAUUGUCACUAUCUCUCCUCAUUUAUGACAUGUCUAUCACAACAAAACAAAAGGAAAAAGAACUCAAACAAGAGAAGGUAAAAAGUGACAAAAUGUUGAAUGAAUUGUAUGAAUAUUCUAAAAAAGUGUCACAUCUGGAGCAAGCAAAAGCACAACAAGACAUCUCUAGUGUCUCUCACACAGAAGAGGUUAACAAGUUACAGCAGCAAUUAGAGGAAAGAAAUCAGCAUAUUUUAAAACUCGAACAUCUGAACAAGUUACACACCGAGAAGCAGCGUACUUUGGAAAAUCUGAAAUCCAUGGUGAAAGACCUACAGAAUAAUAAUGGUAGUAUUUCUAGGUCUGUUCGUGUUCCGUCUGACACCGUCUCGAGGUCUGUAAAUAGUCGCCAAACAUCCCGAUAUGCCUUGUCUAAAACAAAAACGGAGGGAGAAACAGGACCUCUACAACUAGGAUCCAGGAAAAUUGUCACAAAUAAGUCUUAUAAGAAAAAAAAUAAUCCAUCCACCUAUAGAUACUGAUAAAAAAUUGAUCCAACUCCACAUUACCAACAAAUCGCUCACCUGCUAUCUAGUCAUCCUUUUUAUACAUAAACAUAAUUAAGAACAAGUGUAUCAAAGACCAGAUAUAUGAUCUCAGGGUCUGGCAGUUAUUUGGAAAGGUGUCUUUUUAAAUAUUUUGGCCAAUUUAACUCUUUCAAACUUACAUUAUGAUCAAGGUCAUUCAAUUGAACAGACUUUCUAGCCUUCAUCCAAGAACGCUACAAGCCAGAUAUAAGGUCUCUGGACCUUUCAGUUAUUGAAAAUAAGUCAUGGAAAUAUUUUAGUCUAUUUAACUGCUCUCACCUUGAAAGGUCAAUGUCAUUCAUUUGAACAACUUGGUAGACCUUCACCCCAGCAUGCUACAGGGACCCAAUAUCAAGUCCCAGGGCAUCUUGGUUAUUGAGAAGAAGUCAUUUCAAGAUUUUAGCCUAUUUGACCCAUCAUGCAUGUGACCUUAAAUGAAGGUCAAGGUCAUUCAUAUGAACAAACUUGGUAGCCCUUCACCCCAGCACGCUACAGGCCCAAUAUCAAGUCCCUGUUGUAUGAAUUAUUAUUUUAAAAUGGUGGUAACUGCAGCACCAGGGUAGUGACAGAGACAUCAGAUAGGAGGAGGGGUGAUGGAAGGAGAGCAAGCACCUGCCUAGACACAUGGAAAU